CCCAGCCCACUCAACUCCGGCGAGACGAGCAGCCAGAGCCUCCCCCAAUCCCGUCCCAACCCCGAACCCCCUCCUCCCACUGCAAGACGAGCCCACCACUGGAACCACCGAAAUUGAGCCCGCCAACAGCGAACCAAACCUGAGCAGAGCCAAAAGAGGGCCUAUCCUCGACGAAACGAGCCCGGAACCCAUACCGCAGAGACUUCCGCUAGCGGAAGAGACCACAGAACCGCCGACGAUGCAGGGGAGAAGAGGAGUAGAAGAGAAGGAAGAGGGGUUGAGGGAGCAACGGCGAACCAGAAUCGCCGGGGAAGGCACAACGGCGAGCUUGAAUUACCUGGUUAGGGUUUGGGUGAUUUGGGCGAGAGAAAAAAGGCCCACAUUGUCCACCGCUCACCUUUCUUUCUUCCGUUUUUUUUUUUUUCCUGCCAUGGCCCACCUCACUCCCCUUUUCUACAUUA